CCGAAGUGGAAUGGCAGUGAAACAUACGUGCACGGAGCACAGUCACUAUCGCUCUCAAGGGCACUUGGUAUCCGGUGACGUCAUUAAGCCCCGCCCUCGCCACUGACGCAAAUAUUUCGCUCCGAGUGUCCAGUCAGUCAAGUUGCUUUGCUCUGCCACCAUUCGUUUGUGGUUUAACCUCCGGUCAACAUCUCUCCUGGAACUUUUCGAAUCAGUCACCCUAACGAUAGUCCUAACCCGUCAAUCAUGGCCAAGCUGGAAGGGUGCGCAAACUGCGCCAAGAUUCUUCUGAUCGUCUUCAACAUCGUCUUUUUCAUUGUCGGUAUCGCGCUCCUGGCUGUGGGGAUAUGGGUGGUGACCAGCCCGUACAACCUCGACAUCCUGUCGAUCUUAGACAAUCCCAUCCUAGAGAGCGGUGCCUACUUCAUCAUCGCCUUGGGUGCCUUCAUCUUUGUGGUCAGCUUCCUCGGCUGCUGUGGAGCGUGGAUGGAGAACAGACUGAUGCUCAUCAUCUACUUCAUCAUUGUCCUGCUGAUCUUCAUCGCACAACUUAUCGGUUGCGCUGUCAUCAUCGCUUACAAAGACAAGGUGGAUGCCUUUGUGACGAACCAACUGCGCAAAACUAUGAACAACUACGAGGGCGAGGCUGCUGAAAACAAGUACAGCCAGGGCUGGAACGCCCUCCAGGUUUUGCUUGAGUGCUGUGGUACUAACAACUACACAGACUGGAUGGACACACCCUGGUAUGGCAACAACACGAACAUCAUGGUGGGCGGGCAAUCUCUCAAGCCGGAGUGGCCUGCAACUUGUUGUAAGGUGGACAACAACCUGGUGGUGUUCGAGGGCAAGUACCCAACGCCCAACAACUUGACCUACUGCUAUGGCGUGGGUGUGAACGAGAUGACGCGGGACAUGUACCUCAACACGGAAGGCUGUUACCAAGCCUUCGAGGACUGGGUCAAGAGUCGCGCCCUCUACAUCGGUGGCGUCGGACUGGGCCUGGCUUUCCUAGAGAUAAUGGGGAUGGUUCUGUCCAUGUGCCUGGUCAUCAUUUUUAAGAAACAGUAAAAACGAUUGAGAUGAAAAUGAUCUUCUCCAUGGUGUUUGCCAUUUGUGUCUGCAGAGGCGCUGGCAAGGACGAUUAAGCGGGGGGGAGAAAUAUCAAGAUGGCGCCUUAGCAACCACACGUCAUUUCAAAAAGCUGCUGGCUGAAACUCGCGAGCCGAAUUCCCUCUUCACUUUUGCCCAGGGCACACUCACUGUUUUAAGCAAAGCGAAGCGUUAGCAUUCUGUAAAAUCACAAACGUCAAUGUAUAGCUGAAACGAGAAGCGCAGAUUUCAGUUCAAAUGAACGUAAUUUCUUUCCUGGUUGCGGCAGCUUUUUUGAUAAGACGUUUUAAGGUCACAUGGUCACACCGCCGCGUGCAAAGCUGCGUACCAAUCAUGCUGCAUUUCUCGUGAGGGCAAAGUCCUCGUGCGCACCCGUACAACUUCAAAACAAGGAAGACGGGGUACUAGACGUACAAUUGCGGGUCGUUGAAAACAUCAAUGUUUAGCCCAAAUGCCGCAUGAUUGGAACGCAUCUGUCAUGAAAAACCUCAAACGUGAAAUAUGUUUAGGCUAUUCCACGGUAUGUGAAUAUUAUAUGGUAGUUAAAAAUUAUUGAGUUUUAAAAUGAAUUUUAAAUUGGAAAUAAAAACAGAUGUUAAGCCACAAGGCAUAAUCACUUUGCAAAUGUACGUAAUUUUAAUUUGGCAGCAUUCCACAAGGGAUUUUGAUUGUUUCAUCUCGAAUAGGGGUGUUUUCGGACUGUUCCAUUUCUCAAAGGGUUAUGGACGACUCCUUCGUUAUGAACUCUUGUAACGAUUUUUCUGUUUGAACAAAUAUUUAGAGGCUUAUUUGUAAACAUCAACAUCUAUAUAAACUUACUUAUCACUGUAUUUUACUAAAUAGCAAUUUUGUCAUCAAAUGAAAGAGGCUUUUUAAAAUCAAGAAACAAUGAUACAUUGAUUUGAAGUCCUGAGAAACUGAAAGAUGCAAAUAAAUAUUCGACACUGCAUGAAUAUUUAAGAGACCGAAUCUGAACAAUUAGAAUGACUCUACAGGAAUUAUGAAUAUUUAUGCAUGACAUCCAUAUUCAGGAUCCGGGAGCACUUCAAGGAGUGUCUUGUUUCUUCUUUGCAUUAUCACCAAUUUUUCAAUUAUCAACACAGCAGUCUCAUAUUAGGGUAGCUUUAAACGCUGCAAGGAAAAAAGAAACAAAGAAUACGGUAGUAGAAAUAUAGAUAAUGCAAUGCAUGCUUACAGUUAAAAUUUGUAUGAGGUUGUCGAUUAUGGUACAUGUAUGCAUAUUUUUACAGUUUUAAAAUGUGUAUAUAGUCCUUUGAAUGCAUGUGACGCGUAAAAAUGAGGCUGGAAAAAAGAAUGAUGUCAGUCAUAUUUUUGGCGUGAUCUUGGACACAGUGAGGUCCAUAUUUGUAUAUUUCAUCCAUAUCCUAACUUAGAUGUCAUGAUCUGAAGCUAACACGUGUGGGUAGCUAUGCAGGGGGAAUAACAUCAUUAAGUUUACACAAG